AGCGCUGCAUUUUCUCUUGCGUCUGGAAAAUCAGGCAGGAUGUCGAACCUAAACAAUCAGAGCGAGCCUUUCUACCUUCGUUACUACUCAGGGCAUUCUGGGCGGUUUGGGCAUGAGUUUCUAGAAUUCGACUUUCGCACUCUCGGCGACGGUCGCAGUGCCGCGGUACGCUAUGCGAAUAACUCGAAUUAUCGAAAUGACUCGUUGAUCCGUAAAGAAAUGUGCGUGAGCUCUCUUAUGAUUGCAGAGCUUAAACGGAUUAUCAAGGAGAGUGAGAUAAUGAAGGAAGAUGAUUCGAAGUGGCCACAGAAAAAUAAGGACGGGCGCCAGGAAUUAGAGAUCAAGCUUGGGAAUGAGCAUAUCUCGUUUGAGACAGCAAAGAUAGGAUCUCUUGUCGACGUGACCGAGUCUGCGGAUCCAGAAGGUCUACGGGUAUUUUACUAUCUCGUCCAAGAUCUGAAAGCUUUUAUCUUCUCCUUGAUCUCUUUGCAUUUCAAGAUCAAACCCAUUUAAAUACAUGAAGAAGAUUAUGAGGGUGGCAAAAUGGUAUUUGUUCAUGGGUAUGGAUAAUUUGCAAGAAUAUGGGUUUCCUGGAGUUGUCAGGGGUUUUUGAGCACACAAAAAGGAGGUCUGGUCUUCCAUUCCAUGUCAAGCAGCACAUAUUAGCAUGUAACAAGCAGGUGUAGGGUCCGACUUGUGAACCAGCAUGGCACAAAUCACAGUUGAGCUGUAGUAUUUGCA